AGCCCGGUCUCGCGAGAUCCUGUUGGUUCCGCAUUUCGGCUCUCCGAGCUGUGGGAGGCAGCGCGGAGGAGCCCGCGGUCGGUGCUUGGUCGCGGCGGCUGGAACUCGGUACCAGAGCCCGGCCGUGAAGCUUCGGCAGCCCUGUAGAGCCGCGGACCGUCCUCUGCCUCCCGGUGCCCGCGGCGGCGCCCAGUCUGACAGGGCUGGGGCCACGGCCCCUCGGGCUAGCGAAGAUGAGCUUCCUCUUCAGCAGCCGCUCUUCGAAAACAUUCAAACCAAAGAAGAAUAUUCCUGAAGGGUCCCAUCAGUAUGAACUCUUAAAGCAUGCAGAGGCGACUCUCGGAAGUGGCAAUCUGAGGCAAGCUGUUAUGUUGCCUGAGGGAGAGGACCUCAAUGAAUGGAUUGCUGUUAAUACUGUGGAUUUCUUCAAUCAGAUCAACAUGUUGUAUGGAACCAUUACAGAGUUCUGCACUGAGGCAAGCUGCCCAGUCAUGUCAGCAGGUCCCAGGUAUGAAUACCAUUGGGCAGAUGGCACUAAUAUUAAAAAGCCAAUUAAGUGUUCUGCACCAAAAUACAUUGACUACUUGAUGACUUGGGUUCAGGAUCAGCUUGAUGACGAAACUCUUUUUCCUUCUAAGAUUGGUGUCCCUUUUCCCAAAAACUUUAUGUCUGUGGCAAAGACUAUUCUGAAGCGUCUCUUCAGGGUUUAUGCCCAUAUUUACCACCAGCACUUUGACUCCGUGAUGCAGCUGCAGGAGGAGGCCCACCUCAACACCUCCUUUAAGCACUUUAUUUUCUUUGUUCAGGAGUUUAAUCUGAUUGAUAGGCGUGAGUUGGCACCACUUCAGGAAUUAAUUGAGAAGCUUGGAUCUAAAGACAGAUAAAUGUUUCUUCUAGAACACAGUUAUGCUCUCCUUCUAUCUACUGCUAGCACUCUCUCAUUGCUGUCUGGUAUGGACUAAGUGAUACUGACUACAAGAAACCAGGAUCAAAAGAUCCAUAUUGUGUCUGCAGAGAAAAUUGUCCCAAAGGUAGGUUGGCCAGAUAGCUUCAGAACAAUCCAACGACAACAGCUAAAUCCGAGGUGCUGUGUGGCCACCCUGUUUCUGCUAGUGUCCUUCUUUGUUUUAGCCCAUGACUCACCUGUCGUUUGUUGCUCAGCUUUGUUUAAGAAAAUGAUUUUUUUCCGUGUGACAACAUAAUGGACAUUAAGAAUUUUCAGCAGCAACUUACUAGUAAGUUUCUAGAACAAAUGUCUUAACACAGAUCAGUUUGCUUUGUGUUCUGUUUCUAAAUCCCAACGGUUAGAGCUGUUUUACCUUGGAUAGCCUUUGGUUCACAUUGGUAUACUGAUGUUUUAUAGGCAAGAGUGUAUGGUUUUUAGCUAGGCAUGAUGGUCCAUGCCUGUUACCUGACAACUGUGGAGGCAGAGGAGAGGAUCUCACAUUUGAAGCUGGUUUGAGCUACAUUGUGAAACUGUUGCUAAAAAAAAGUUUGUUUUACAAAAUCCACAAGGCAUAAAUCACAGGCAUAUAUGGACUGAGAUAACCAAAGUUGUUUUAAAUGACUUUAUUUUCUAAACUUGUUUGGGAUUGUCUUCAUGACUAGAUGAGGCGAGUGCAUGGCUUCUGACGGUGCCUUGCAGGUUCUCAUUUGAGACUCCACACUCAGAUUAAUUUCCUAUGUAGCUUGGGGCAGAGAUCAAAACAACUUUCAAAACUCUGUGACACGCUUGGGCCUUAAAGCCACUGUUUGCAUUGCUGUCCCCUUGCAGUCCUGAGGGACAUAGAAAAGUAUUCAGAUGACUUGAUUAUUUCCUAAUGAUUCCAUGUUUUUAUUGCAACUUGAAACUUCUGUUUCUGUACAGAAGUGCACAGACUUCAUGGCAAUAGGAUGAAGGUCAAAACCACAGAAUAGCUUGUGAGGGGUGGGGGUGUUGUGUGUGUGUGACAGCAGGUCUCCUUGGGCCUGUUAGAGCUGGAGACCCAGCAAAGAGUGAGUUGAUAGUAACUUGGCUUCAUUCUGCGCACAGGCUGCAGUGACCUCUAGAGCUUCUAUCCUACUUGUCUUUGUAUCAAAACUUGAAUUUUUCCUCAUCCUGUCAGGAUAAAAGACUCCUCUACUCGGGAAGUGCCUGCUUUUCAUGUGGUCCUCAGAUCUAGUCAGCUCUGGCUGCCUCCUCAGAUGUACAUGACAUCCCAGGGAUUCUGGACACUUGCCCAACAGGCAGAGCUGGAGUUAUCAGCGUUGUGUGUCAGAGCUGGGACUUACACAGUGCUCAAUGGCCUCCUAUAUGGCUUUAUAAAAGUUAGAGUUGAUGAGGGUUUUGUUAUUUAUUUUGAUUCUACUAGACUAUACUGGAAAGUAUUGCUUAGAAACUCCAGUUUUAAUAACUCAUUUUCAGUAUGUUCUUAAGUAUACUCAGAAUUUCAAAGGAACUGUUUUGACUUUACUUUGCCUGAAAUCACAUAUCAAUGUUAGAGGAAUUCAAGUUGGAAUACUGAUUUAGGAGAGAAAGGAUAGCUUGGAAACAGCUCACAACCCAGGAAUAUGCAGAGGUCCAGAUAUCAGCUGUUGUGCAAGUGUCUGACCAUCAUCUGCAGACAGGCUUCUAGAUGACACCAAGGAUGCAUCACCCCUCAACCCCAGACUCCAUUUACUUUGAUAUGCUUUAGUCUCUGAGGAAUGAAAUUCUCUUUCUCAACCAGGGCCCAGUCAUUUUUAUGAAUUCUGACACUCUCAAAUCAAAGGUUGCUCUUUUCUCUGCAUGUGAUUCAGGGAUAGAAAUGCCCUCUCCAUGACUGAGCUCCAAUGGAUAAGUGCUAAGAUACGGAGGAGGCAGCUCACUAGUGGAAUAUAAAGCAAAGUCUUGUUGGUGAAAAAGAGUGUCUCCACUUUCUGUUGUGUCCCUCUCUUUUCCUUCUGUCUUUUAAAAUGAGAACAGUGCUACACUCCCAAGCCAACCUGCCUUAAUCAGUGUGCACACAUUGCACUGUUGCUCACCUCUGAGGCAAAAACAUGAGAAGAGGCUGUCUUUCUGUCUUUGGCUAGAGGGACGAUUUGUAACAUCUGAAGAAAUCAGUCUGUCCUGGGUUUAUCUGCCUACUCUCCUGCUCCCCACAGCUGGAGUCAGCUGUCCUGUCUGAUUCUGCUCCCUGAACUGUAUUGCAGUCGCUUCCAAUUGCCUGGAGAAUUCUGCUUUAGCCCUGUGGUGCUUUAACUUCCAGGACUUUGGAAAACUUGGAUAUUGGGGGCUGGAGAGAUGGCACAUUGUUUAAAGAAUUGGCUGUUCUUCCGAAGGACUUGGGUUCAAUUCCUAGCACCUGUAUGGUGGCUCAUAAGUGUGUGUAACUCAAUUCCAGUGGAUACAACUCCCUCAUACAAACAUGCAUGCAGGACAAACACCAAUGCACAUUAAAUUAAAAAAAAAAAAAAAGAAAAAAAAAAAGAAGCCGUAGACAAUGACAGACUAUAAAAUAUAGUCAUACUUCCUUGUGGUACAUUUUUUGUGUUAACAGCUACUAGACUGUUAUUCUGCUGACUGAAUAAAGUGACUUACCAGCAGCCAGUUAGCCAGCAAUCCAUGACUUGUAGCAAAGGCACAGGCACAGUCCUGGUGGUGAGGUUUGCACUCUUGGCUUCCCUCUGAGCCCCAAGAUCAUAUUAGACAUAGCUUCUCAGACAUGAUGUCAUUACCUCAAGCGCAUAAACAAAUCAGGACUUAAAGAGUGUAGGCCCUACAAGUGUGUGUCCUGUCAUGGUGCCAGGGCUCCUCUGCUCUCUGGCAGCCAUCCCCAGGCAGUAUGGAGCCCUGGACAGUGCCAGCCUGGGCACGAGCAGCUGAGUACCUUUAGCAGCCAUGUUCUUUCCUCCUGAGGUCAGUGAGAGUUCUGACAAAGAAGGACACGGUAGUCUUUUGAUCUUCCUGAUUUUACAUUCAGUUUUGAUGCAGGGCUUUGUUGGGCUUUGGAGUACGUGUGGCAGCAGUGAUUUUACUGAAGCAACUGCAUUGAAAUUCAUUGAAAUGGUUUUCUCCUCAGAACGUAUCAAAUAAGUCUUCUGUAAAGCCAUUCUGGAUGGCCAGCAUGCUAUGGGCUGGUUAUAGAACAGCAUUCUGUGUUGGUCUGCAUCAAAAAUAGUUUGCAUAAGAUAGUCUUGGUUACCAUCUAAAAUAACUUAAAAUAUUCCUCACAUAAAAAAUUUAUGUUGUAUUUUUAAAACUUUUAGGGCUUUAUCUAUUUUUCUAAGUCGUUAACUGUACUUUUUAAAAAAGUAUUUUGUAUCUACUUUUGUAACUUCAUCAGAAUAAACUAUAUUGAAAGCAAAAA